UUGCGAUGACUCUAAAAUGGUGGUCGUCGUACGUAAAAUAAUUUUCUGUUUAGAAUGUAUUUUUUUUAGUCUAUACUAAAUGAACAUUUUUUGUUAGUCACAUUUCUAAUUUGCCAUUUGCGUAACGAUACGUCUGUACGUCGAGUGUAAUUUACAAAAUUAGUGCCUAUUAAUUUAAACGAAAAUGUCCUCAGACGACGAGAAACCCCCUGCGCCCCCCGUUCGGCUCACGUCCAAUAGAAGCACCGAUCUCGUCAACAAUUCUAUCGCUGUGGACAGGCCCCUGCCCAAGGAGCCCGAGGAUUUGGACAAGAAAAAGAAGAAUAUGAAAUCGAAAAAGACCCACAAAUUGUCCACUUAUGCCUCCGACAAGCCCAAUAUCUCCUAUCCCACGAACUUCGAGCAUACCGUGCACGUUGGAUUCGAUCCGAUAUCCGGGGAAUUUACGCUGCCCUUAAAAGGAAUGCCCGAAGCGUGGUCUCGUCUAUUGAUGAACUCGAAUAUUAGCAAACAAGAGCAGAAAAACAAUCCUCAAGCCGUGCUAGAUGUCCUUAAUUGGUACGAUAACAGUUCCAAAGAACCUCCCAAUACGAAGUACAUGACCAAAACCGGUACUACUCAUUCCGGAGGUUCCACAGUAAGCAGAGUAUCGAGUUCGAGUCCCAGCAGCACCACACCCACCGAAGGCGAAGCCGUGCCCCAUUCCUACCACAGCCCAGUUCACGUGGUAAGUUCCGAAAUCGAAGAUGAAGUACCACCGCCGCCCAUCGCUAGCCGACCAGAAAGAACAAAAAGCAUUUAUACUAAACCGGUCGAGGAAGUCCCACCGACGACGACGGGCAACGGAACAUCCCCGCACGGCCUCAGCCCCUCUCAUUUGGGCGCGUUGGCGCACGUCGGGGCCAAUUCGAACGCCAACAGCGCCCCGUCGGCGCCGGUCUUCGAUAAGAACAAGAACCAGGCGGGCUCGGAGAUGUCGAGGGCGGCGUCCGAGAAGCGGAAGAAAAAGAUGUCGGACGAGGAGAUACUGGAGAAGUUGAGGAACAUCGUUUCCGUCGGCGAUCCUAAUAGAAAGUACACCAAAUUGGACAAGAUCGGACAGGGUGCAUCUGGUACGGUUUACACGGCUAUCGAAACGGCGACGGGAAUGGAAGUGGCCAUCAAGCAAAUGAACCUCUCGCAACAGCCUAAAAAAGAAUUAAUCAUAAAUGAGAUUCUCGUCAUGCGAGAGAAUAAGCACGGCAACGUCGUGAAUUAUUUAGACAGUUAUUUAGUUAAUGAGGAACUGUGGGUCGUAAUGGAGUAUUUGCCCGGCGGUUCCCUGACUGAUGUAGUUACAGAAACUUGUAUGGAUGAGGGCCAGAUAGCGGCGGUUUGUAGGGAAGUUUUGCAGGCCUUAGAUUUCCUUCACUCCAAUCAAGUCAUUCAUAGGGAUAUUAAGUCUGACAAUAUUUUGUUGGGGCUUGAUGGAUCGGUGAAAUUAACCGACUUUGGUUUUUGCGCUCAAAUCAGCCCUGAACAAUCGAAAAGGACUACGAUGGUGGGCACUCCAUAUUGGAUGGCUCCCGAAGUCGUUACGAGGAAACAAUACGGUCCCAAAGUCGACGUGUGGUCUUUGGGUAUUAUGGCAAUAGAAAUGAUAGAAGGCGAACCUCCUUAUUUAAAUGAGAAUCCGCUUAGAGCGCUUUAUCUCAUCGCUACGAACGGAAAACCCGACAUAAAGGAGAAAGAAAAAUUAUCGCCGGUAUUUCAGGACUUCUUAGACAGUUGUUUAGCUGUCGAAGUCGAUAAAAGGUCAUCUGCUAGGGAUUUAUUAAAGCAUCCAUUCCUAAAACUGGCGCGACCUCUAGCAAGCCUAACGCCUCUAAUUUUGGCGGCCAAGGACGCUGCAAAGCAUUAGCUGCGCUAAGACUGUUGUACCGUCGAAAUGUGAAGAAUAAUAGUACGAAGGCUUCAUUAUACCCAGGGGUUUUUUUAUAAGUUAUUUUACGAUUUUAACUGGUCUCAUUUUAGCAGUUUUUCUCAUUUGCGAUUUCGCUGAUUAGAAUAGAACGAUAUUUUAGUGAUUACUUUUUACAAUUUUAAUAUUUUAUUAGUGUUUUAACUCUUUUUUUAUGUUUUUUCGUAAUUGACUGGGUAUAUAAAGACUCGAUUGUCCCAUAUUACUAGAAAUUGCAUUAUGUAUUUUAUAUUAGACCCAUUGUAUUAUAUAUGUAUAGGUAGUAAUAGUAGUAUGGAAAAUUUAUUUAUAUUUAAUAAUUAAAAUAAUUGAAGCUUUGCAGUUCUAGUAAUAUAGGUUGUAUUAUAUUAAGGCCAUAUUAUAAUAAACAUGUAAUUGAAAAUUUCAACAGGUAAUUGAAGUGAAGAUUCGUCAAAAAUUAUAUAAUCACGAAAAAUAUUCGAUUCCUUUAUUAAAUCGCUACAUAAUUAGAUGUUGACACAAUUCAAUUCUAUUUAAUAAUGUAAAAAUUUUCGUAUUCUCUUAAAUGUCCAAAAAUAUUUACUAUCUAAAGUAAUUUUAAAAGUAUUAAAAAAAUGUUUAAAGUACAAAAUCUUUUUACUUGUUGAAUUUUUCCCCAAUAGUAUUGACAGGAGACUGUGCCUAAUUUCCAGUUUAAUGAAUCCUAAACUCGUUCGACAUUCAUAAAUGCUUUAACUGUGACAAGAAAGUAUAGUUUCUAAUCUGUAUAGGAAAAGGACCAUUUUUUGUGAAAUGCUUAUCUGAUUUUUUUUGCAUUAAUUGUUUUAACGUCACAGUUUCUCAUUUGUUCUAUUACUCCUAUUUUAAUAGCCUACUUGUUUAGUCUGAUUAAUAAGUGAGUGUUAUUCACUUGCAAUGUAUUAUCCUUAUGCCAUAUUUACAUGUAUUCUUUUUUUUGAGACUCUUCAUUAUAUUUUUUUAUAUAUAAAUGAAAAACGUUCAUAACUUGUUGGAAAAUGUGGAUUUUUCAGUUAGGAAAAAUAAAUUUAAAGAGAACAGAGCUACUUAGUUGUUAUCAACUACAAACAUUAUUUGAAAAAUCUAAUAUUUUUCAAAAAGUUUUUAUUAGACUUUUAAUGUGCGUUUAAUCAUCGUGUAAUAUUCUUAUUUAAACUUACGUGUAUUUAGAAAGGCCUUUUUAAUUUUUAUUUAGUAACAAUUUCGCUAAAUCAUUCACAAAUUUAAUUGUUUUUAAUUAUACUUUUAACUAUUUUUAAUUUUUCAGUACAAUAUAUCAAAAUUUGUUAACGACUUAGUGAAAUGUAGAACAAAGAUGGAAAUGCGUGAAUGGUAGAAUGGCUGUUUGAUUACUAUAGGUAUUUUUGCACUAGUAUUUAUGAUAAAAAAUUGUGAUUGCGUAGAUAUAUUGUUGCCAAUAAAAGAUAUAGCGAGUGG